AUGGGUCGAAGCUUAUCACGUUCACCUUCAUACAGAAGAAGACACUCUCGAUCUCGUUCUCCGUCUCCUUCUCAUCGCCGAAACCGACGCCGCCGUAGACAUAGAAGCAGAACCUCUUCCUCACCCUCUCCUCCCCCCAGAUCACGCACUCCCACUCUUAAACACAAAAAAGACCAUUCACCAACCCUAAACAACAAAAGUACCAAGCGUCCAGUUGAGGAGGAUUUGGAACUGUUGGAAGAAGAGGCUGCAAGAAGAAUAGAGGAAGCUGUUCGAAAAAAUGUUGAGGAGAAGCUUAAAACAGAGGAAGUUAAGUUAGAAAUAGAAAGGCGUGUAGCAGAGGGCUUGAAGAAGUUGUUUGAUGAUGUUGAAGUUCAACUUGAAAAAGAAAAGCAAGAAGCGCUUACUGAAGCUAGAAGAAAAGAAGCACACGCUCGAAAAGAGAGAGAAGAGCUGGAUAAGAUGCUUGAAGAGAAUAGGAGGAGAGUGGAAGAGUCUCAGAGAAGAGAAGCUCUAGAGCUACAACGGAAGGAGGAGGAACGGCAAAGAGAAUUAGAGAUGAUUCGGAGACAGAAAGAAGAGUCUGCUCGGAGAAAAAAACUUGAGGAGGAAGAACACGCUUAUCAGAUCAAUUCUAUGGGAAACCGUGAUCUUGAAUGGAAAAUUGAUACUCCGUCUUUCUCUUUCAGUGGUUUUGAAAUUUUCAUUCUGCAGACUGUUGUCAAUAGUUGA